CUCGACGGACCAGAUAUCUGAAGGGCAAAAAAAGCGAGCUUGUCCUGUCACGAUCCCACCCUAAAUGACCUGUUAACGUCCACCGUCCCGACUGGAAGCUGUCCCAAAAUGCCGCCUCGAAUCAAUAUCCCGCCGGUCACCCGGGGCCUGCUAGCCGCGCUCGUUGUGCAGUCGUUUCUGAGCGCUGCGAUCCGCUAUCGACAAUGGAGCGCGACGUCUGAGAUCGUGAUACCGUAUCUGACACUCAUCCCUCAGCUCUCCCUUAUUUACCCGUGGACCUUCUUGACCUCAACUCUUGUUGAGAACAACAUAUUCACGCUCGCGAUUGCCUGCGUCACGAUCUACCAGGGAGGUCGCUACCUGGAGAGAGCUUGGUCUUCGGCGGAACUGGCUAAAUUCGUCGCCAUCACGGCUCUGGUCCCGAACACCUUGACCUUUGCGCUCAUGAUCAUCUUCUUCUCCCUGACAAGGAAUGAGCGCUGGACACUGACUGUCAUCGGCGGCACGAUCCCGAUGCAGAUCUCCUUCCUCGUCGCAUUCAGCCAGCUCGUCCCGGCGCAUACCGUCACUCUGUUCCGCGGCAUUCUGUCCCUUCGAGUUCCGAGAUUUCCUCUGCUAUACCUCGGCAUCGUCUUCGUCCUGUCUCUCACGCCGCUCCUGACGACCGCCUCAUUUUCCCUUGCUCUGAGCGGCUUCCUUACGAGUUGGACCUACCUCCGCUUCUAUAAGACUGUCUUCCCCGAUCUCGACUCCUCUCAGCCGACUGCCCUCCGAGGAGAUGCCAGCGAGACGUUUGCGUUUGCCGAGUUCUUCCCUGCGCCGGUGAAGCCGUUCGUGGCCACCGUUGCGGCCCAGAUCUUUGAGGUGCUGGUCGCGAUGCGGAUAUGCACCCCCUUCUCAGACAACGGCUCGACGGGGCGGGGCAACCACUACAUCCAGAGAAGUGCCCCCGGCGGUGCGAGGGCCGAGGCGGAGCGCAGAAGAGCGCUGGCACUCAAGACGCUGGACCAGAGACUACACGCCGCCACAGCCGGCAGCGCGGCAGCCCAGUCCUCGUCGCAACCGCCGGCACAACAGCCUACCGGCCCAACGGUACACACGCAGCCGCAGCCCAAUACGCAGACGGCCAUGACCACCGAGCCGACGGCCAUGCUGGGAGAGACCAACUACCACCCCGAGCAGGACUCGAGCGAGAAGUCCGCGUCGUGAUGAGGGGAGUCACAUUUCGACCAGAGAGAUCGGUUCUUCUUUAUUCCGGUUUAUGGGCCGGACGAGUGAUUGGACAAGCAGUGGCGGUGGACGACAAAUGGAAACGACCGAAGAUGUACUCUUUAUGUGUUGAAUUAAGGGGACCUUUUUUUUCUAAUGCCGGGUUUUAGUUUUGUCUGCCAUCGGCGUCUACAGACGGAUACCUUGAUUGCGCGAGAGGGACAGUUUGUGUAGGGGUACGAGCGGCGACGCGGGAAAAUGCGGUGUAUUACGAUUCACCUAAAGGGCGGGAAUUCGAAAUGAUACAUGUCUAGAAUAAUAGUGUUCCUUUGUCUCCCUUGUCAGGCGCCGGGUCAUCAACGUCCGCGCACUUCAUUAAUCGGCUUACCACGUAUCUGCAUCAUGUUACGCCUACUGGUUAUGUCGGACGAUUACUCCACUGACACCCCAAAGGAAGAAAACUAUCAAACAAAGAGGCUCGAUCCGCUGGGUUCCGAGUCUGCGGU